CUUCGCUCUUCUGUACAUUGGGCUUCUUCUGCUCUCUGUCUCCCUUUUCCCUUCUUUUUUUCCCUGCUCGUCAUACGUCAUACGGGCCAUGGAUGGCGGGGAUCUGACGAGCUUCUCUCUUCUGGUAUCGCUAACGGGCACUUUACCAUGAGCCAUUCCACUCCAGCUACAGCUAAUGGGAACGACAGCAAAAAGUUUAAAGGAGACCGUUCUCCCUGCUCUCCAUCUCGGGUCCUCCAUAUCCGCAAGAUUCCAAAUGAGGUCACAGAGUCUGAGAUCAUCUCGUUAGGACUGCCUUUUGGAAAAGUUACCAAUCUUUUGAUGCUGAAAGGAAAAAGCCAGGCCUUCCUGGAAAUGGCUUCUGAAGAAGCAGCUGUCACCAUGGUGAACUACUACACCCCUGUCACUCCACAUCUCCGCAGUCAGCCUGUGUACAUUCAGUAUUCCAAUCACAGAGAGCUGAAGACAGACAACCUACCCAACCAAGCUAGAGCACAAGCUGCUUUGCAAGCUGUGAACUCCAUCCAGUCAGGAGGCCCUGGAGUCGAAGGCAUGGCACUCACAGGCCAGAGUCCAGUCCUCAGAAUAAUCGUGGAAAAUCCCUUUUACCCUGUCACUUUGGAAGUACUGUAUCAGAUCUUCUCCAAGUUUGGAACUGUAUUGAAGAUAAUCACGUUCACAAAGAACAACCAGUUCCAGGCCUUGCUCCAGUAUGCUGAUCCGUUAAAUGCUCAUCAUGCCAAAUCGGCUUUGGAUGGGCAGAAUAUUUACAAUGCCUGCUGCACCCUGCGCAUUGAAUUCUCUAAGCUGACAAGCCUUAAUGUCAAGUACAACAAUGACAAGAGUCGAGAUUUCACCCGCAUAGACCUCCCUACUGGUGAUGGACAGCCCACUCUUGACACCACUAUGGCUGCUGCAUUUGGUGCUCCGGGUAUCAUCUCCUCUCCGUACGCAGGAGCUGCAGGUUUUGCCCCCGCCAUUGGGUUCCCUCAAGCAGGUCUUUCAGUCCAAGGCGUUCCUGGGGCCCUUGGCCCACUUGCUCUAACUACUUCUGCCAUCACUGGGCGUAUGGUAGGCUUAACGGCAAUGCCUGGACACUCAGUUCUGUUGGUCAGCAACCUCAAUCCUGAUGUUAUCUUACCUCACGGGCUCUUUAUCUUGUUUGGUGUCUAUGGGGAUGUCCAUCGUGUGAAGAUACUGUUUAACAAAAAGGAGAAUGCAUUGGUGCAGAUGGCAGAUGCAACCCAAGCACAACUUGCCAUGAGCCAUUUAAAUGGACAAAGGCUUCAUGGAAGGGUCCUGCGGAUUACCCUCUCCAAGCACCAAGCUGUUCAACUUCCACGGGAAGGACAUGAGGACCAGGGCUUGACCAAGGAUUAUACUAACAGCCCACUGCAUCGCUUCAAGAAACCUGGCUCCAAAAACUUCCAGAAUAUAUUCCCACCAUCUGCAACCCUGCAUCUGUCUAAUAUCCCACCUUUAGUUACUGAUGAGGAUCUCAAGAGACUAUUUGCAAGCACUGGCUGUACAGUCAAGGCCUUCAAAUUCUUCCAAAAAGAUAGGAAGAUGGCUUUAAUUCAGCUUGGAUCUGUGGAAGAAGCUAUUCUGGCUCUAAUAGAACUACAUAACCAUGACUUGGGAGAAAAUCACCACCUUCGGGUUUCCUUCUCCAAAUCAAUGAUCUGAUUUCUCAGCACCUCAUCAUUCCUUUACACGCUUCCCUUAAGACUGGACCACGGUUUCAGCAAAAGCCCUCAAACAGAGACUGAAGAUGCUAAACCCAACUCUGCUUCUUAAUAUCAAACAUAUAUUUUGAGAAGACGGAGCACCCGCGUUUCAUACAAAUCAACACUGACUCCGCAAAGUAGAAAUGACCCAGAAACACCUUCUGUCUAAUGUCAAUGAGACAUGUAACUUCAACGGUUUUUAUGGAAAACCCUCAAAACACUUAAUUCUCUACCGUGAUUAUAAUGUUAGUUUUUUUUGUACUUCACUCCUGUAUGUCCUUUUCAUUCUCGUUCCACGAUAGCCUUACACAACAUCAUUCAGAGGAUCGUUUAGGGAUUGGAUGCUUAAACAGCGCUUUAGGAAUUUCUUUUUGCUUUGUAUUCUUUUUGACUGUACUUUCCAUGCCACCUGAAUGUAAAUUAAGUUAUGGCAUGUGUAGUCAUUUAACGGUUACCAAAAAAGGAGCAAUGUAGAGUUGCUUAUAGAUCCCCAUUGGCAUCUUUUUUUCGCCCAUUUCUUCCACAUGAUUUUUUUUAUACAUAUAAUAUAUUUUGGAAGGAUGGGGGCACAUACCAAAUAAAUAGACAUAGGUGAAAAAAAAAUUAUUUUGUGGCCACAUUUUCAUUAAAAAAAUAAUUUAGAUAACACUUCUCUUCCAAAUAUAUAUAUUUUGUCUUUAUUUAUUGCUGAUUUAUUGGGCUGUGGCAAGAUGUUUUUCCUAUAGGGCCACAGAUUUUCAUUUAAUACUUGAUUGCAUUUUUUUUUUUUUAAAUAUAUAUAUAGUGACCCGUUAGCAUAUGAAUAGAGAUAUGCUUUUUUAGCCUUCAACCUAUUCCGAGUUAUCCUCUACAUUGUUUUACACAACUGUGUAUUCAUAUAUAUAUUUAUUUAUUUUGUAUUCUGCUUGUAUGUAGAACUAUAUACAUACACAAAUACGAUAUAUGUAACCGGGUAGGGCAGCGUAUAAUCGAAAUGCUGUGUAGUUCUGUUGUCCCGGAUGUGUUGUGUAACGCUAUGGCUAUGGAACAGAAUGGAAAGGUUCACCG